AUGGACCUGCAGAGACUCGACUCCUACCAAGGGGGAGCCGGCCCUGACUUCCAUGAGCACGUCCUGCAUAAGACCAUCCUGGUGGGGGACAGCGGCGUGGGGAAGACCUCCCUGCUGGUUCAGUUCGACCAGGGCAAGUUCGUCCCGGGCUCCUUCUCGGCCACCGUGGGCAUCGGAUUCACAAACAAAGUGGUGACUGUGGAUGGUGUGAGAGUGAAGCUGCAGAUCUGGGACACGGCAGGGCAGGAGCGGUUCCGCAGUGUCACGCAUGCUUACUACCGAGACGCCCAGGCCUUGCUCCUGCUGUACGACAUCACCAACAAAUCUUCCUUCGACAAUAUCCGGGCUUGGCUCACUGAGAUUCACGAGUACGCCCAGAGGGAUGUGGUGAUCAUGCUUCUGGGCAACAAGGCAGAUGUGAGCAGUGAAAGGGUGAUCCGCUCAGAGGACGGAGAGAUGCUAGCCAGGGAGUAUGGAGUUCCCUUCAUGGAGACCAGCGCCAAGACGGGCAUGAAUGUGGAGCUAGCCUUUCUGGCCAUUGCCAAGGAGCUGAAAUACCGGGCCGGGCGGCAGGCCGAUGAACCCAGCUUCCAGAUCCGAGACUACGUGGAGUCCCAGAAGAAGCGGCCCAGCUGCUGCUCCUUCCUGUGA